CCCUGCUGACAGGGAGGGAGAGGGAAAAGUUUGAGGGGCUUGGAAAGUUCGUGAGUGGAGCCGAGCAGGGAGAUGGAUGCGCUUAAGUCUGCUGGGAGGGCGAUCAUCAGGAGUCCGAGCAUUGCCAAGCAGAGCUGGGGAGGAGGCAAGCACAAGAAACUACCAGAAAACUGGACUGAUACCAGGGAAACACUCUUAGAAGGAAUGUUAUUCCAUUUGAAAUAUUUGGGCAUGACAUUGGUGGAACAACCAAAAGGGGAAGAGCUGUCUGCAACUGCAGUGAAAAGAAUUGUGGCAACUGCAAAAGCAAGUGGGAAGAAACUGCAGAAAGUUCUUCUGAAAGUAUCACCACGGGGCAUCAUUCUGUAUGACAGUGCAAGCAACCAACUAAUUGAGAAUGUUUCAAUCUACAGGAUAUCAUAUUGCACAGCUGAUAAAAUGCAUGACAAAGUUUUUGCCUACAUUGCUCAGAGCCAGCAGAAUGAAACCUUGGAAUGCCAUGCAUUUCUUUGCACAAAGAGGAAAAUGGCACAAGCAGUCACAUUAACGGUGGCUCAGGCUUUCAAGGUAGCAUUUGAGUUUUGGCAAGUAUCCCGAGAGAAUAAGGACAAGAGAGAGAAGUCUGGUUCAGAUGGAGAGGGUGCAAGUAGUUCUCAGUCUGAUGGCUCCUCCAGUAUCACCAGCCUUAAAGCAUCAGCAUCUGCAAACCUUUUGGAUUUUGAAGACUGUACCAAAGCUUUUGAUGUGUUAAAUGCCAGUGAUAAUCAUAUUGAAGAUCUAUUUAGGCAAAAUUCAACCAAUGAGAACAACAAUAUUGUUUGGGAACUGGAUGAUGGACUGGAUGAGGCAUUUGCAAGACUUGCAGAAUCCAGAACAAACCCUCAAGUCCUUGAUAUUGGAUUGACUGCAAAUGACCUUCAGUCUGAAGAGUGCUUGUCUCCUACCAGCUGGGAUAAACUGGAGUUGAACCCUGCAGAAGCAGAUGAACUAUUUAUGUUCUGACCUUUCUGAAGCUACCUGCCAAUUUUCAGUGCAAUAGUCCUACCAUUAGACUCCUGUGUAGUUGCUGAGAAUCUAUACACCUUGAGGUGGGAUUGGAAAACCAAAGCUUUACCUGAGACACUUUAUUUCCAAGUUCAUCACAAACUAAAGGGAAGAAAAAUAUUACUGAUAAAACCGUAUGUGUUUCUUGAAUAUUCCAUUCUGAAGCAAGACCGGAAAACCAGCAGGCUAUAGUGUAGGGGUGUGCAGUCCUCAAGAAUUUUUGGGAACAUGGAUUUUGUUUGUGGAAAAUUUUUUUUUUUUUACAAUUUUGUACAAAAUACUGGACAAAUACUUAAUGUUCUAAAGGCCCCCUUUUCCAUAUCUUUCAUUAAAUGAGCUACAAAUUCACUACCAUAAGAUAUACUUGUGUUGUGUUUGUUACGCUUAAAAUUCUUAGUUUAUUCACAUCUGUGUUCCUAUUAAAGCACCAUAUGGUAUCAGUCCUGUAUAACGUUCUAGCGCCGUUUAUGCUCAUCUGCUGUUUUGUAGGGCUGCUCAUUGGCUAUAGAACAUCUGAUUUUCCUCCUUUCCUUGUCUAAGUGGUUACUUUGUGACCCUAAUAUACUGGAUAGCUAAUUAGAGCUCUUAAUUUAUCCCCCCAUAACGGAUUCCCCGCUCACUCACAAAAAAUGUUUAUAAAGUCAUAACACUAACCUAGCCUGCCUAUUUUAUCCAUAUGUUCAUUCCUCCGUAGUCCAAAGUAUUGCCAGUUUAUGAGAUUCCCAGCUUGCUUUUCAGUUCCAUACCAUUCAAAUGAGACUAUUGUGGCAUCUUGCCAUAAACGGUCUGCACAGUAUUAUGAAAAAUAUGCAUAUUUGUCUGAGUUGACAAUCAUUUUGUAAUGGACAAUAUUUAACCCAUAUUUUGUUUGUCUGCAGUUGUUUACUAGAAUACUUUUUUUUUUUUUUUUUAAUUGUAUUCUUGAAAAAAAUGUGUGCAUUAACGUGUUUGUUAGAAUAUUUUCUUUUUGCGCUGUUCUAAAUCUAAAGUGGGCAUUUAAGGGUGAUAUGAAUGUUUCUUUGUGCAUUUUUAAAAAUUUGUAUGGCGUUUCUUUGUAUGCCAAGCUGUUAACAAUUUUCUUUCAUGGAUGAAUGGAUUUGAUAGUCUUGUUCUCAAAGUAUAAUAUAUCUACUUAUAAUACACCAAAGCCAUGAAUAUCUUGUAAAUGAUAUCCUUAUAAACGGUGAGUUCUGAUGUCAUCUGUUAACGGUGAUGUCAUUUCUGUCGCAUGACUCACUGAAUCCUGUGUAUUAUAACAAAUAAUGUACCCCUGUGUUGCAAAAUAUGAGGAUAUUAUAAGUUACCUCGGAGUUUCAACUCCUCAGUAACUUAUAAUAUCCUUAUUUACAAAAGGGGGUACUUUAUUCACUAUAUCUUAUGCUACCUAUUGCUAUUCAAGAUGGCUGUGGGUCGAGCUGUGACUGGCAGUGGCGGAACUACCGGGGGUGCGAGCGGGCCAGGGCCUGCACCCCUUCAGGGGCAGCCCAUGCGCCGCUCAAAAUGCGAGCUGUACGGAGGGGGUGGGGCCGGCUGCGCGUCAUGCACCAGGGCCCGCCCCCCUCUAGUUACGCUACUGGGAGGAGGCAUUGGUUUUCCUAGGUAAAAUGUCCUGUUCCUUCGGUUUCCUGCAACCAACCAAAGAAAUUUCUAUUUUACUAAUUCUCUGCUUGACUAUUAAAUAACAGCAUGGCAAUUCUAUUUCAAUAUAAAGCUAUAUUUAAUGGCAGUGAAAAUCGGCCACAUUUUGGUGAAUCCAUUUUGGGAAAACUAGAUGUGAAUGGUAAAUUGUACACCACAUUUUUAGUGUAAUUAACAUGCACAUUAUUUUAACGACCAUGAAAUGCGCAUUAGUAUGUCAAGAGUGCCUCUGUGCAGAUAAAGUAUUUCUAUCAUUUGUAGCUGGAUACGCCCAGGCCUUGUCACGCUGAUUUGCAUACAAUGUAAUCUUGCCACCGGAAAGUGAUUGUGAUCAUUGGUUUCUGAAGCAGUUAUCUCGUCGGAAGGUUUUUUUUUUUUUUCUUAAACAUUUCAUUUCAGAUUUGGUCUGCUAUAAUGUCAUAUGAAGAGCAAAAACAAUUUAUUGCAUUCACAUUUCAGAAAGCCGAUUUCACAGGCUAAGUAUUAACAGAUUAUUUAUUUAAUGCCAAGUGGCUUCAUUAAUAAAUUACUGGUUUAAAAAUCAAAGGUAAAAACAAAACUUAUGGCUGAACUGAUGGAGGGCUACAAACUUCAUGUAUUAGAUCAGUUUAGGAAGCACCCUAAAUCUUUUAUGUUCUGAACGGUUACAAAAUGACAACAGAUUUGUUUAAACACUUCACCUUCAUCCUAUUCCUUAUUGUUUCUAAACUGUUACAAUAUCUGGUUUGUCCAUAAACCAUGCAAAAACAAAAAAAAAAA